AGCGUUCAAUACCACAUGCAUUUUUCCAUGCCUGAGUGUGACUAUGAUUUUACAAGAAGAUGCCUGAAAAGUACCUUGAAAAUUAUCAUGAACUUGAAAAUAAUGGGGUUAAUUCCGUUGCUGUGUCUCCUAAGUUAUAUCAUUACAAUGUUCGAUUAAAUGGUAACUUUGGCAUCAUCAUGAGCUUGAAAAUAAUGGAAUUCCUUUCUUUUCUGGCUACCUUUGUUGUUUUGAGACUUUCUCUUUCCAGAACAACUUUUGCUGUGCUUGAUACCAUUAGACCUUCAGAAUUUAUGAGUGAUAACACAACUUUGGUAUCUAAAGAAGGACUUUUUGAACUGGGAUUCUUUUCUCCAGGUAGUUCAAAGAAUCAUUAUCUGGGAAUUUGGUAUAAGAACAUCUCAGUUCAAACUGUUGUUUGGGUCGCAAACAGGUGUGAACCGAUCAACGAUUCAUCUGGCUCAUUGACUAUAGACGACACAGGAAAUCUUGUGCUUUAUGGACAGAAUAAGAGGGUCGUUUGGUCUACGAACUCAACGAAACAAGCCCAGGAACCACUGGUUCAGCUCUUGGAUAAUGGAAACUUGGUUUUGAGAGAUGAGAAUACAGAGAACUAUUUGUGGGAAAGUUUUGAUUAUCCUACUGAUACGAUCCUGCCUGGAAUGAAAUUUGGAUGGGACUUGAGGAGAGGUCUCGCAAGGCGUUUGUCAGCAUGGAAGAGUUGGGAUGACCCCUGUGAUGGAGAUUUGACUUACGGGAUUGAGCUUGAUAAACGACACCACACAUACCCUCAACUAAUUAUGCGUAAAGGGUCUGCAAAAUUUCAUCGAGUUGGGUCAUGGAAUGGCAUAAGUUUCAGCGGACAUCUUGAUGAGAGGAGGGCAAACGCACUUUUCGAGUACGGGUUUGUGUACAACGAUGAUGAAGUUUACUUUGUUUUCGACCCCAAAGGUAAGUCAGUGAUCUCAAAAAUGAUCAUGAACGAAACUUCACUGAUCUUAAGAGGGGUCCUCAACCAAACAAAAAGGGUGGCAGAAGUCUUGGUAUGGAUAGAAUCAAAGAAAAUUUGGGAGACCAAUAGCUCAUCUCCAAGUGAUAAGUGUGAUGUUUAUGGCAUAUGUGGAGCUAAUUCAGUAUGUGUCGAAACAAAUAAUCCAGUUUGCCAAUGUCUAAAACGUUUUAAGCCUAAGAAUCAAGAAAAUUGGAAGGAGAGGUCCUGGUCUGAAGGGUGUGUGAGGAACAAUCCUUUGAGCUGCCAUGAUAAGGAGAAAGAUGGGUUCAUUAGAUUUUCUAACUUGAAAGUGCCUGAUACUGAAUAUACUUGGGUGAAUAAGAGUAUGGAUCUAGAGGAAUGCAGGGUUAAAUGCUUGAGCAAUUGCUCUUGUAUGGCUUAUACAAACUUAGAUAUCAGGGAAAAAGGCAGUGGCUGUGUGCUCUGGUUUGGAGAUCUUUUUGACAUAAGAGAAUAUCAGUUGGGAGGACAAGAUCUAUAUAUUCGAAUGUCGGCUUCUGAAAUAGUUAAUCAUGAAAAGGCAAAAACUGAUCAUAAGGUCAAGGAGGAGAGAGCAUUGAUAAUUACAGCUAUCAUCGUCGGAUUAGUUGGUGGCAUGUUUCUAGUUGGCUUUUACAUUCGCAGGAGGAGAUACUCUUAUGACAAAACCCAAGAUGAAGACUUGGAGCUUCCAUUGUUCGAUAUGCAUACUAUUAGUACUGCCACUAAUAAUUUCUCAGAAAACAAUAAGCUUGGAGAGGGUGGUUUUGGACCUGUAUACAAAGGUUUGCUGGAAGGAGGGCAAGAAAUCGCUGUGAAGAGGCUAUCAAUGUGUUCAGGACAAGGAGUUGAUGAGUUCAAAAAUGAAAUUAAGCUAAUUGCUAAGCUUCAACAUCGGAAUUUAGUCAAAAUAUUUGGUUAUUGCAUUCAUAAAGAAGAUAAACUAUUGAUUUAUGAGUACAUGCCCAACAAAAGCCUUGACUAUUUCAUUUUUGAUGAAAGGCAAAGCAGACUAAUACUAUGGCCUAAGCGCUUCGAAAUUAUAUGUGGAAUUGCUAAGGGGCUUCUUUAUCUACAUCAUGAUUCCAGAUUGAGAAUUAUACAUCGAGAUCUUAAAGCUAGUAAUGUGUUACUUGAUGAGGCGAUGAUCCCCAAAAUUUCAGACUUUGGCUUGGCUAGAACUUUUGGUGGAGACCAAAUAGAAGGAAACACAAACAAAGUAGUAGGAACAUAUGGUUAUAUGGCGCCAGAAUAUGCUUUCAAUGGAUUAUUCUCAAUAAAGUCUGAUGUAUUUAGCUUUGGCAUAUUGAUGCUAGAGAUAGUAAGUGGAAAGAAAGGUAGAGGCUUAUACAAUGAAAAUAGCAGUCUUAACCUCGUUGGAUUGGCCUGGACUUUGAUGAAGGAAGGCGAAGCAUUUAAGCUUAUUGACAAGUGCUUGUUAGAAGAUCCAUACAACAACAUGGAAGAAGCAUUGCGCUGCAUUCACAUCGGUCUCUUGUGUGUGCAACAAAAUCCUAUUGAUAGGCCUAACAUGUCUUAUGUUAUUCUAAUGUUGAGUGGCGAGAGAGUAUUGCCUCAGCCCAAACCACCAGUUUAUUUUGCUGACACAGAUUUGUGGAAAGGAGAUCAUUCCCUAUCAUGCAAUACAUGCAUUACAGAUGAUGAACCGAUCAUCCAGGCGUCUCUUGAAGAUGGGUUAAAGAAAGUGGUUGCUUAUUCACCAGCAAUGCUCUUCAUGGAAGGUACACCAGAUGCUCCUUCAUGUGGUUUCAGCCUUUUGGGGCCUUUCGAUAUUUCAAAUGAGGAGGAAGUGAGGCAAGGACUGAUCAAAGUCUUUACACACUGGACAACCUUAUCUCAGCUUUAUUACAAAGGUGCACUCAUAGAUUUAAGUAAAUGCUUGCUUUUUUCUCACUGUAAUACAAAUGUUCUGUUUUGCUUGGAUGAAUCAAAGAAAAUUUGGGAGACCAAUAGCUCAGUUCCAAGAGAUGAGUGUGAUGUUUAUGGCAUAUGUGGAGCUAAUUCAGUAUGUGUCAUAACAAAUAAUCCAGUUUGCCAAUGUCUAGAACGUUUUAAGCCUAAGAUUCAAGAAAAAUGGAAGGAGAAGUCCUGGUCAGAAGGGUGUGUGAGGAACAAUCCUUUGAGCUGCCAUGAUAAGGAGAAAGAUGGGUUCAUUAGAUUUUCUAACUUGAAAGUGCCUGAUCCUGAAUAUACUUGGGUGAAUAAGAGUAUGGAUCUAGAGGAAUGCAGGGUUAAAUGCUUGAGCAAUUGCUCUUGUAUGGCUUAUACAAACUUAGAUAUCAGUGAAAAAGGUAGUGGCUGCGUGCUCUGGUUUGGAGAUCUUUUUGACAUAAGAGAAUUUCAGUUGGGAGGACAAGAUCUAUAUAUUCGAAUGUCUUCUGAAAUAGAGACAAAGGAAAGCCAAAAUGAUGACUUGGAGCUUCCAUUAUUUGACCUACAUACAGUAGAUACUGCCACUAAUUAUUUUUCAGAGAAUAAUAAACUUGGAGAGGGUGGUUUUGGACAUGUAUACAAAGGUACGCUGGAAGGAGGCCAAGAAAUUGCUGUGAAGAGGCUAUCAAUGUCUUCUGGACAAGGAGUCGAUGAGUUCAAAAAUGAAAUUAAGUUAAUUGCUAAGCUUCAACAUCGAAAUCUUGUAAAGAUAUUUGGUUAUUGCAUUGAUAGGGAAAUGAAACUAUUGAUUUAUGAGUACAUGUCCAACAAAAGCCUUGACUAUUUCAUUUUUGAUGAAAGGAAACGCAAUCUAUUAGAAUGGCCUACGCGCUUCCAGAUUGUAUGUGGAAUUGCUAAGGGGCUUCUCUAUCUUCAUCAUGAUUCUAGAUUGAGAAUUAUACAUCGAGAUCUCAAAGCUAGUAAUGUUUUACUUGAUGAGGACAUGAAUCCCAAAAUUUCAGACUUUGGCUUGGCUAGAACUUUUGGUGGAGAUCAAAUAGAAGGAAACACAAACAAAAUAGUUGGAACUUAUGGUUAUAUGGCUCCAGAAUAUGCUUCCAAUGGCUUAUUCUCAACAAAAUCUGACGUAUUUAGCUUUGGCACAUUGAUGCUUGAAAUCGUAAGUGGAAAGAAAAGUAGAGGCCUGUACGAUGAAGAUAGCAUUCUUAACCUCACUGGAUUGGCAUGGACUUUGAUGAAAGAAGGCAACACAUUUAUGUUUAUUGAUAAGUGCUUGUUACGAGAUCCAAACGACAACAUGGAAGAAGCAUUGCGUUGCAUCCACAUUGGUCUCUUGUGUGUGCAACAAAAACCUAUUGAUAGGCCUAAUAUGUCUUCUGUUAUUCUAAUGUUGAGCGGUGAGAAAGUGUUGCCUCAACCCAAACCACCAGCCUAUUUCACCAACACAGAUUUGUGGGAGGGAUAUCAUUCCUCCGUUUCUAAGACACCAUCAUGCAAUACAAGCAUAACAGCUGUCGAGGCGCGAUGAUAAUUCAUACAACAAAUCGGAGUUUAUCAAGUAAAUUUUUAGAAUUUGAAUUAUUACAAUUUCUAUUUAUUUUGUUCAAAACUGCAUUGAUGAUUGAUAUUAGUAAUCUACAUGUAGUAUAUAUGAAUCUAUGCCAGAAGAGAAUAAGCCAUAAUUAGACUUAUUUCCUUGUAGUGAGGCAAGAGUAUGAUGAGAAACUUAUACAUAUUGUCAAUAUCAAAUUGUACUGUCUUAUUUUGAAGUGUUGAAAUAAUUUCUAAGUGAUGUGUAUUACAACAUCUCGUACAGAAGGAUAUAAUGGUAAUGUGAAAUUGGAACUCAA